AUGCCGUCGGCGCAGAUCAACCAGCCGUCAAACCAGAUCAAGUUAACCAAUGUGUCGCUCGUUCGCAUGAAGAAGGGCAAAAAGCGUUUCGAAGUCGCUUGCUACAAGAACACAGUCACGUCUUUCCGCGCCGGCAACGAGACAGACCUCGACAAUGUCCUGCAAAUACCCAACGUCUUCUUGAACGUCUCAAAAGGCCAGGUUGCUCCGAAUGAGGAACUAAAGAAGGCCUUUCCGGGCAUGACAAGAGACGAAGUGGUACUGGAAAUUUUGAAGAAGGGAGAGAUCCAGGUUGGUGAGAAGGAGCGGUCACAAGAGUUGGACAGAGUUCACAAGGAGGUGAUCGAGAUCGUUGCAGGCAGGUUAGUCGACCCAAAGAGCAAAAGAGUGUAUACAACGGGUAUGAUUGAGAAAGCGCUGGAUCAGCUUAGCAGUCAAGGAGGACAAGCCGGACGUAGCGCUGGUAAAGGCAGUGCCGAAGGAAGCGAUAGGAGCAAGAGCAGAGAUCAGAGCGCUGCGCCAAUUGAGUCUGGAUCAAGCACACCGGCCAAGUCGAACGGCGAUGCGAACGGCAGCGAAGAGAAGACGGAGAAAGCAAAGCCAAAGUGGACGGGCGUGACUACAACAAGAAGUGCAAAGUCGCAGGCUCUGGAAGCGAUGAAGGCUCUGAUCGCGCACCAGCCCAUUCCAGUUGCACGGGCGAGGAUGAGGCUGAGAAUCACUUGCCCAACGAGCAUCACAAAGCAGACUGUGAAGUCAGCGCCCAAGUCAGAAGGCGAAGAGGCGACAUCGAGCUCGGUCAAGGACAAGAUUUUGAGCUUCGUGGAGCAGGUCGAGAACCAGGACGUGGCGGGAGACGAAUGGGAGUGUGUGGGUUUCGUGGAGCCAGGCAGCUUCAAGACUCUCAGUGAGUUUACGAGCGCACAAGCGAAAGGAAGAGCCAGGGUCGAAGUGCUUGAUACGGCCGUUACGCAUGAGGAUUAG